ACCAUUCUUUCUUUCCAUACCUCCUCCUCCUCCUCUCCUUCUCUACCUCCUUCUUUUUCACUUCCUAUCUCCAUCUUUCCUUCUCUAUGUUCCUUUUUCUUUUCCUACUUCCAUGCUACCUCUUCCUUUACACCCUCCUCUUUUCCAUCUCCUUCCUUUUCCUUUUGUUAUUUUUAAACGGUGUGAUACAUGACACGUCCACGCGGUGUCGCUGUGUGUCCGUGCUGAAAAUACUCCACUCCUCUCUGUCCUUAUGAGGAGAAGAGGCGGGGAGACAACAUGUAGAUGAAAGUUCACUUUAAAUUUGAACCCUCUGUGGCUGUGUGUCCGUCUGUCUGUCUGACAGUCUGGUCAACAAGUAUCCUGGUGACAGCAGCAGCUGUUCAACCACAGAAACAGUCCAAAGCUCAGAGGAGCCAGGAACACGAUGGGCAGCCCGUGAAAACUUCCUCAAUAUUUCAUCCUGACAUUCAAACAGACCCAGAGGCCGUGAGGAACCACAGACCUGUCCAGGACAUGAGGACGGUCAUGUCUCCGCUGCAGCUCUCCGUCUACUGGCGUCUCUCUCUCGUCUUCGUCUUCACCUCCUUCCUCUUCUUCCUCGACAUUUUCACGGCUGCCAUCGCCGCCGCCAACUGUCGCCAUGACAACGGCACCGGCCCGGACUCCUGGCAUGGAACGUUGCCGUCGAACGCGGAGAGCAACCAAUCGCAGCCCGGGGAAGUUUCAGAAGGCGAAGCGGAUUGGAGGAGUGAGGGUACAAACCGAGACUCAGUGUGUGGUUGGACAGACUGGUUGUCCUAUGGUCAGACUCUCUACAUGGUCGGCCUGCUGCUGGGAUCUCUGAUUGGAGGAGCGAUAUCUGACCGGUAUGGGAAGCGUCCUGUGCUGCUGGUGUGUGUGUGCGUGCACGCUCUCUGCGGCCUCGUGCCCGCCGUCCUUCCUCAGCCGCUCCUCUUCCUCGCCGUUCGCUGCCUGACGGGCGUCUGCUGCUGCUGCAUCAACAUCUGCUCCUUCAGCCUGGCGGUGGAGUGGACUCCCCCCGCCGCUCGGCUCUGGCCCCCGGCCUUCCUGCCGUUCUGCUUCAGUGUGGGGACGAUGGUCGGAGCUCCUCUGGCCUGGCUCAGCCCCACCUGGACACACCUGCACCUGUCGCUGGCUCUGCCACAGCUCGUCUGUCUGCCGCUCUGCCUUUCGAUCCCGGAGUCUCCUCGCUGGUUGUUGUUAAGGAGGAGGACGGAUGUUCUGGACCGUUACCGUAGCAACAGCCCUGCAGAUAAACAGCGUCUGGACCUGCUGUUGGAGUCGGCGUGGUCUGACCUGCAGAAAUCCACCGAGGCUCAGAAAGAAGAACCACCACCUGGAGGCCCCGCCCCCAGUGACAUCAUCCACCUGAGACACCCGACCGUGCUGCUGCGACUGUUCAUCAUGAGCUACCUGAGUGCAGCGUCAGCCCUGACGUACUUUGGGAUCUGCAUGAACAUCGGCUCGUUCGGCGUUGGCGUCUACUCCGCCCAGUUCUUCUCCGGCCUAUCAGAAGCUCCCUGCCUGCUCGUCCCGUUGGCUCGGCUGGGGCGUCGGCCAAUCAGCAUGCUUGCUCUGUUCCUGAGCGGAGCCGCCUGCUUCCUGUCGUUACUGCUGUCCAGAUACAACGGUGAGCCAGUUCUGGUGAUGAGUCUGGCUCUGUUGGGAAAACUCUGCAUCCUGGCCGCCACCUUCAUCUCUACACUGUACAGCAUCGAGCUGUUCCCCACUGUGGUCAGACAGCGGUGCGUGUCCGUGGUCAACCUGUGUUUCCGCCUCGGCUGUCUGGUCAACACUCUCGUCCCCCCCAACCCCAACGGAGCGAUCUCAUUGGCCGCCAUGGUUGUGUACAGCAGCGGGCCGAUCGUAGGUUGCGGCCUGUGCCUGCUGCUGCCAGAGACCAGCGGCGUGCCGCUCCCCGAUUCAGUGGAGGACUGUGACAGGCAGCCUCAGCCCCGCCCACCCAGCAUGGGCGCCCUCUGGGGGACACGGAAGCUGGUGAGCAGCCAAACCAGGAAAACAGAGAUCCUCCCUGCAGAGAAAGACGACACAAACACAGCAAGCACCCACACAGGACUGAUGUGCACACACACAGUCUGAGUCUUAGUUUGUUUUAACUGUAAUGAACAGGUUGAAUUUUAGUUCUGGUUUGAAUUAAAGACCAAAACACAGAGGGGAGAGUGAGUUUGUAUCAGGAGAGAAUGAAGCUACACUUAUACUUUAUACUUCCUGAGUGAUUAAACUUCCCCUUCAGAUGACGUUGGAGGAUUUUUAUGACUUUUAAAGACGUUGUGUGUUUUAUUCUCAUAUUGUAUUUUUGUUAUCAUUUUGUUCUGUUUUCAUCACUGUAAAAAUAAACUGAACUCGUCAUCGUUUAU